AUGAAUAUUUCAAAACAGUAUGAGUAAGCUCUCAAUAACAACAUUUUCAUGAAAGAGGAACAAAAGAGAAAUUAAGAAAAUUUCGUGAGGAGACUAAUAAAUGCCGAGUCCCAUCUAGCUAAUGAAAUUCCAGAUUUAAACAAAAUGAAUGAUUCAAGGGAGAAAUACUACUCAAUCAAAAAUAAUGUUAAAAAAUUUAACGAUUUCGGUACAAUAAAUCAUCUUGAUCUAGAAUUUCUUAGAAAGAGGAAACGAGAUAAGGUAAGUCAUCUUAAUUAGUCCUAAACUCCCAUUAAGGCCUCAAUACCUUAAGCUCAUAAGGUUUAACAGAAAAGAGCUCAAAGUACAAAGCCAAAAAGUUUGAAUGAAGCAGUAAGAAAGAAGGAAAUGGAAAGAAUAGCCAAGGAAAACUUUGAAAUGGUCAAGAGUACUUCUGUUAUAUCUAAGAGAUAAUAAGAUGGAGAUUUCAAGAAUCAUGUGAAGUAUAGAAAAAAUUUAUAGAAAAAUACUGGAUAAGCUGUGAUAAACCCAUAGCAGAUAGCAUUUUGA